AUGGCGAGCAACUUGCACGAGGGCCUUUUGAAGGGCAUCCCGGGGUAUCAGGACUUCCUGCAAGUUUUCAAUCGCACAUCGAGCAAGACAACUCCCCUGCAAGAGCUUGGGGCCCAGGUGGCUCGGAGCAUCCACGAUCUGGCCGACUGUCGAGUGGUCUUCAGCGUCUCCAGCAACGAUGCCUCUGCCGAGGAGCUCUUCCUCGCCUGGCUGGAGGGACGCACAGGGGAGUGCCAGCCAGCCGCCUACAUUGACUGCAGUACCAUUCUUCCGGAGACCUCCAGGAGACUUGCAAACCAGGGCGCUGCCCGGGGCGUGACCUUCCUCGCCUGCACGGUGUUUGGGCGUCCCGACGUGGCAGCCGCCGGGAAGCUGACGGCCCUCCUGGCCGGGGGCAGGGCCGAGCUGCGGGAGCGGCUGGUGCCCUUGGUCUCCACCUUUGCUGGGGUAGCCGUCAGGAACCUGGGGGACGACCCAGGCUUGAGCAACGCCGCGAAGCUCACCGGGAACUUCCUCAUCGGGGCCCAGAUCGAGCUGGCUGCCGAGUUCCUCACCCUGGGUGCGCGGAAUUUGGGCGAGCGUCUGGGCGUCGGCACCGACGACCUGCUCCACGUCCACUCCCUCAUCAGCUCUGUCAUCGCGCCCAAGUAUGCCGCCCACAUUGUCAGGGGCAACUAUGGAUCCCAGGGAGGCUUUGUGCUAGACCUGGCGCUCAAGGACAUCGGGCACGUGCGGACAUUGGCGCGCGACGCCUCCUGCCCCGUCCCCAUCGCCGACCUCGUGUUCAACAGCCUGCUGUCGGCGCGGGCGCAGCAUGGCCCUGACCUGGACUGGAGCGGAAUCGUGCUCCCCGUCCGCCGGGCGGCUGGGCUUGGGGGGAUCAGGGAUGGGGGUGCCCCCACAGCGGCGCAAGGGGGCUGA